AAACUUUGAGUUUAUAGGCCCACUUAUCUAUCCGGGAAAAAAUGGCAUAGAUCUAGAUCUAUACAAUUAAGUUUACAAAAUAAGGGGCAGCUUGACCAUAGAUGGCCACCGAACCCAUCACGUCGCCAAAAAGCGUCAGAUGUCAUUGCAUUGGCUCUGAAAAUUAUUGCACAAUUCAUAUGCAACUAGUCUAAGGGCUGUCGCGUAAGAAUACGUACAUCUCGGGUAUAUUCUCCUUUCACGUGUGUAUGUUCGAGACGAGGCUACUCUGCUUAGCUUACAAUUUUGACAAUUCACUGUUAAAAAAUCUUCAAAUAUGGCUCUUCGAACACAGUUUGAAAGCAACAAUGAUAUUGGGGUGUUUUGCAAACUUACAAAUGCAUACUGCCUCGUGGCGAUAGGAGGUUCUGAAAACUUUUACAGUUUAUUUGAAGGAGAGCUUGGAGACGCCAUUCCUGUUGUUCAUUCUUCCAUAAAUGGCUGCAGAAUCCUUGGAAGUCUUGCUGCAGGCAACAGACACGGCCUGCUUGUCCCCAACUUCACAACGGAUCAAGAACUACAACACAUUCGCAAUUCCCUUCCAGACAGUGUUAAAAUCCAGAGAAUAGAAGAAAAACUGUCUGCACUCGGUAAUGUCAUCUCCUGCAAUGACUACGUAGCUUUAGUACACCCAGAUCUGGACAAGGAAACAGAAGAAAUCAUAGCAGAUGUUCUCAAAGUCGAGGUGUUUAGACAAACAGUAGCUGAUAAUGUUCUGGUUGGUACUUACAGUGUCAUCAGUAAUCAGGGAGGAUUGGUACAUCCAAAGACUUCAGUGCAGGAACAAAAUGAACUCUCAUCAUUAUUACAAGUUCCCUUAGUGGCUGGUACAGUGAACCGUGGUAGCGAUGUGUUAGGGGGAGGUAUGGUAGUCAACGAUUGGUGUGCGUUCUGCGGCUUGGACACAACAACCGCCGAGCUCUCAGUCAUCGAAAAGGUCUUCAAACUCAGCGAGGGUCAGCCGGCCGCCAUCGCCACGGAAAUGAGAGAUUCACUGGUAGAUAGCUUGACAUAAAUAUGGAAGGUAGCUUCAACCAUGGAACCCCAAUCUCAUCAUUGAUCCUGUGGUAUUCCUUAUCAAUCAACCAAGCGCUUAUUACAAUCACACAUGGAUUCAUCAGAGCUAUCGUCAUAAUUGAAUGUCAAGAAUAUUAUUGCAAGAUAGAACAAUGUCACUUAAUAAUCAAGUAAUGAUCACGUUUUGUAAUGAUCUCCCCCUAUCCCCCUUCCCCCUUACCCCCUACCUCCCACUUUCAGAUCCCAUUGCAGGUCUAUUCACAGGCCACAGAUAUCUGAAAAGCCAUGCAGUGAGCUAUGUUCACUGGUCAAAGUGGUUGCAAUGUGUAAAACCACUUUAGCCAUGCCCUGUAGCUAUCACAUUUAUAUUUGUUAAGCUUUCAUACUCCUCUUACUGUAAAUGUGGCCAUAAACCUGAAGGCAUUCAAUGCCUGGUUUCGAUUUUAAUGAUACAAGUUAAUUUUUGAUGAUAUCAGAUGUGAGGAAAUUAAUUAAAGUAAUGUUAUGCCAGUGCAAGUACACCUGCGAAAUCUAUUGUCAUAUUAAUGUUGUGUCAAUGGCACAAGCAGGGACUAGUAACUAAGAUUUGUUAACAUUGCACAAAAGAGUACCCUUGUUUUAGUACCAUUAAAAUCAAUUAACUGUUUAAUGUUUUAGUGUAUGUUUCGGGAAGGGGGUUUGAAAGAGAAAGUAAGCUCAUCACAUAUGAGAUAUUUGUGUGAUUGAGCUUGUGUAGUCUAGUUUCUGCAGGGAACUACAUGUACAAGAUAUCAAGACUGUGCCAAUUUUUUUUGUUUCUAGUCAACAACCCUUGUACAUUAUGUAACUUCCAACCCUUGUAAUAAUCAUACAGAUAAGCUAGCAACUGAAACUACUUUUGGACUUUUUGUAUGGUGGAUUCAGUGUGUAUUGACAGGUUUAUGUUGCUACAAUGUGUGAGGGCAAACCUGUUGCAAGCUGUACUAUACUUGAGACUUUGAUCACUACCUCCUUAUCUCGACUGCUCUGAGCAAGCAUUGCUAAAGGAAUAGCUGAGUUUUAUAAGAACAUCUUCUCGAUCACAUUUCCUCUCAUGAAGUUGUUAUUGCUGUUUGUUAACAACAGCAAAACUUUUGAAAAAUUGUUUUGUUAAAGAUACCUUAGUUUAUAGUAACGAUGGAGUCUAAUUUCAUUACCACAAUUAUUCUUAAAAAUAAAGAAAGCAAAAUUAUACUCGUUUCUCAUUAUAUAUAAACUGCUUGAACAAUGUUUAUACAAUUAUUAUAAUCUUUUUCCAUACUAUUCGGAAUAUUCGCCUAAUUAUGAUUGUUUCAUUUGAAAUAUAUUAGUCAGUUUCAAUCAAUUUUGAUUGGAAACAAAUCCCUGAAUAUGAAAAGAAGUUGGUCUCUAUUUUGAAUUGUUAAGAAAAAUAUCAAAUGGGCUGGAAAAGGAAAUGAAUGUACUCUGUUAGAUACUAGUAUAAAGCAUUAUGAAAGCAUUCCGUGUUUGGUAUCAGACUGUACAGUACAAUAUAAUUCAUCAAGAAUAUUAAUUAUGAUUAACCAAUCAUUUCUCUCUCACUGGUCUGCAAAUCAGUUAGCUUCAAUUAUGCUCUACAUAUUUUUUUUUUCUUCAAAAUUACAACUUUGGUCGCAACCUAGGAUAUUUUUUCCUGAUUUAAUAGGGAUGUAUAUCACUGUAGUAUUUGUAUGACUUAAUUAUGAUAUGAAAGGAAUUGAAGGGGGAAAGAGAUAACGCUUUUUGGAGUAUGUAUUUUUUCUUGAUAAUAAAUACUUUCUUGUACAGUAA